CAUUUAAUAAUAUAAACAACAAAUUGCAAUCAACUUACAAAAUACAAGGAAAAAUAUAUAUUUCUUUGAAUCGACAUAGAAUGUAGUUAUCAAUUGGAUGUAUAUAAUAAACACAUAUUGAUUUUUAUCCCCUCAUUAUGAUUUUUUGCUACUUUUCCCAUUUUAUGAAUUAUGUAUAAUUUUUGCAAUAUGUGUACAUUCUUGCCCUUAAGGAUAGCCUUAAAAGACUCUUUAAUUUUGAUCCUUUUAGUUAUUUUCAAUACAAUACAUGUAACGGACUUAGCAAAUAAUGACAUGGAUAUUCAAAAUAAACAUAUCAAAACAAAAGAAGACGCUAAUAACAAACUGGUUAAUUUUAAUAGUAACGAUGAUUAUUUAAAAAGCUGCCCGGUAGAUCAAGAGAAUGCGCCAGAAUGCUUGUCACUAAAUUACCCCUGUAUCAAUUGUAAUAGGGAUAUUGACUGUGUCUAUGGAAGUACCUAUAAUUACACAUGUGUUGUGAAAUCCAAGAUUAUAUGUAAUGGUUCUAAAACAUUUAAUAGAACAGCAAUGUGUCGCUUCUGCUAUCAAACUGAAAAAUGGGAACAUCGCUGUGAACAGAAAGCCAACUGCAAUUCAUUGGCUUCGCCAACAAGGUUCUACCUGACUAAUUGCACUGUUUCUGAUGAUGUGUUAUGCUUAGGAAAAAGGAGAUUUUUGAAAAAAGUUCGUUGUUCCUGGACAUCAGGAACUAGAUGGGGCACUGCUCUCAUUCUAGCAUUAACACUUGGUGGAUUUGGUGCAGAUAGAUUUUAUCUUGGGCACUGGCAAGAAGGAAUUGGGAAACUUUUUAGUUUUGGAGGGCUAGGAGUUUGGACUUUAGUAGAUGCACUCCUUAUCGGCAUUCACCAUCUUGGCCCGGCUGAUGGAUCUGUUUAUAUAUAACCCUUAGUUAAUAUGCUACCUAUUGGUGUUGUAAUAAAAUAUUGUUAUUUGUUUUUUAUUUAUUUAAAUAAAAUGUUUCAUUUAUC